ACUGUCACAGAUUAUAAAAUAAUCUGUGGACUGUGAUACCUUAUAGAUUUUAAAUAUUUAUUUUUUUUCUUUAAUAUAGUUAAUAACAGCUAAUAAUAUUAAAACAAUAUUAAUUAACUGUUCUUGUUCCACACGUUCAAGGUUUAUAGAUGGAUAUAACAAAAGCAUAAAAUAUACUAUACAUUAUAUUACAAUGACAUACGUCUUGUGCUGUUCUUAAACCUUUAGAAUAUUAUUAUGCUGUGGUUUUUGAGAUAGUGUUGAAUGUUGAUAUUAUCAAAUAACCCAUACUCGCUGAUAAUUCUAGAAUCUAGAUCAUUUCGUAGACGAUCAUUCCAUACCUUCCAACCAAAAUCCAAAUCAAGUUUCAGCCCAUGUUCGAUACACAGAGACAACUGCAUCUGCGUGACCAAUGACAAUAUUAUUAAUUUUAUCACUCAUAAUAAUUCAUAAUCAUAAAAGAGGAGUUCGGUGCUCCUAUCUAGUUUGUGUUCGAAUAGCUGAUAACGCGACCCGACGUCGUCGCCGACGAUGAGUUUUUCAUCCGUAAAUUCAAUACAAUGAUAAAAGAAGACGUACUACUUUAUCAUGGUGAUGAUUUCGGAGCUCUUUCGUGAAUUGUUUAUCAUCAAUCACGUUGCUCAUCUUUUCACCGGUGAUGAAUGACAAUAAUAAUAAUAUCGCGAUUAUUCCUCCGACGCCAAUCGCCGUAAUACAACACGGACAGUAUCGUCGCGUAAGCCGCCCGGUGCCCGAGACAAUGUCGUCAGUCCGACGGUCGUAGUUGACGGUCUGCCCGGGACGUGACAAGUCGAGACGACCGCGCGAUAAUUAUUGUUUGAUAGAUUCCAUCCGUCCGUGAUCGAGAGAUCGCCCGGCCGCGAUGUGCCGCGCGUGUUCGUCGUUGACGUUCGCGUCUUGUCGCGUCCGGUCGUGAUCGACAGUGUACUGUGUGUCCCGCAGCUGACCGGCCGAAAUGUGACAGACGCCCGACCGGUAUGAACGCGGCGGCCGACGGUUACGGUUCGUCGUGCAUCAUGUCCAUGAGCUUGGACGGCUGUGGCAAGGAGCAGCUCAAGACGCAGUUCGUCACCAGGGAAGGCGUCUACAAGCUGCUGACGUUGGCCACGUACUCCCGGCCGAACCGCAUCGGCUACAAUGUGCAGACCAACACUUCCGUGCGGGUGUCGUUUGUCGGCUACUCGUCGUCGGAUACCAACGGCAACAACGACCGCAUGUGCUUCAACAUCGGACGCGAGCUGUACGUUUUCUAUUACAAAGGAACAAAAAAGGGAGCAGAUUUGACUAAACCCAUAGAUAAAAAAUUAUACAAAGGAAUAAGUCCAACAUGUCAUGACUUCAAUUCAACUGCCACAACUGAAGAUUCACUACCAUUAAUUGUGGGUUUUUCAACAGGAUUGGUACAGCUGAUUGAUCCUGUUAGAAAAGAUGUUAGCGUAUUAUUUAACGAAGAGAAAAUCAUUGAUAAAACGAAAGUCACAUGUGUUAAAUGGGUACCAAAUUCAAAACAUUUAUUCCUUGCAUCACAUUCUAGUGGUCAGUUGUAUUUGUAUAAUGAGACAUUUACUUGUGGAACAACAACGCCAAGUUAUCAACAAGUUAAAUCUGGUGAAGGUUAUACAGUUCAUACAUGCAAAACAAAAAGUACACGAAAUCCAAUGUACCGAUGGUUAAUUGGUGGCGACUACAACAGUAUCAAUGAGUUUGCAUUUUCUCCGUGUAAUAUUUACUUAGCAGUUGUUUCCCAGGAUGGAUUUCUCAGAGUAUUCCAUUAUGAUAAAAUGGAAUUGAUUGGAAUGGCUCGGAGCUAUUUUGGUGGAUUUUUAUGCGUUUGUUGGUCUCCUGAUAGUCGAUACAUAGUGGUCGGAGGAGAAGAUGAUUUAGUUACAGUCUAUAGUAUUUCUGAGCAUAGAGUCAUAGCCCGUGGUCAAGGACACCAUAGCUGGGUUAGUGUAGUGGCAUUUGAUCCAUAUACGAGUACACCGCCGUCUAUGGAAUCAUGUUUACCCGGAUACUACAGACUAGGUUCCGUAGGUCAUGACACUCAAAUGUGUUUAUGGGACAUCACUGACGAUAUAUUACAUCAUGUUACAUUAGUAUCACCACUUCCUGUUGCAUCUAAACAAAAUGGUGUAAUAAAUAAUGCGAAACACAAUGUUAAUGCUAAUAAUAUACAAAAACAAACUCAAGACCCUAUGAGAUUGAUCGGUACUAUUGCUUGUCCACGUUUUGAUCAGUGUCCACGACUCGAACCAUUAAUCUGUAAAAAAAUUGCUCAUGAUCGAUUGACAGCCCUAAUUUUUCGUGAAGAUUGCUUUGUAGCUGCUUGUCAAAAUGGAUAUGUUUACACUUGGGCUCGUCCUGGAACAAUUACAAGCCUCAAUGCACAUUUGGUUUCAGAUCCAAACGCCAUCAUGUCAUCAUUAGAUCUACCUUCAUUAAAUCCUGCAUCUGCAGUCUAAUGAAUAAUUUACUACAAAUAAUAUGAUACUCGUUUAUUCAAAUGAUGAUAAUUUCUAAUGUUCUGUGUUAUAUAACCACAAAAAGUGAAAAAUUGACAAGCAAAAGGUGAUAAUUAAAAAUAAAAUAACAAUUAUAGUUCAAAUGAAUAACUAAUUAUUAUUGUACUUUAGAAUAGUAUUACAAUUUAAAUUAAAAAAUUGAAUUAAAACAAAAACAUAUAGGCUGUGAUCAUUUAUUAAUAUUGUCAGCUAAUCUAAUAAUCUUCUUAUAUCUUAAAUGGUAAUUGUAAAAUAUGAAAAAAUAUUUUAUGAAUACCAUAGGUAUAUUUUUAUUUUGUAUGUUUUUCUUUGAUCAGAUCUGUUUAAUAUUGUAAUCAGGACUAUUGUUGUCUUGUGUUCAAAUAUAUUGUGUUCAGUCUUAUUUUAUCCCUUCAAAUUGUAUUUGGGUAAUAUUUUUCAUACUUAAAACUUUAAUUAUGUAUCUCAAUGAAUAAUAGACAUAAAAAUAAAAAUAAAAUUAACAAUAGCACAGUUGGAUUGUUAAAUGGUUCGUUAAUCAUUAUUCAACGACUGUAUCACCCAAAAAACUAUGUAUGUAAAAAAUGAAAAAAUAUGAAAAUUACUUAUACUGACAAAGUUUACAAUAUUUUACAUUUUUAUUAUUAACAAACACAAAUACAUUAAUAUAAGUAAAAUUAAAAGAUAGUUUAUCAUAAAUGGAUAUAAUUUUAUUUAAUAAAAAUAAAUUUAUCAUUACCAUUGUACAUAAAUAUUAUUUGUACUAGACAAUUUAGACUGAUCCUUUAUAAAACAUGCUAAAAUGUAUAUGUAUAUAUAUAUAUAAGUAUCUUUAUUAGUUUUAUAGUAUAAGAUCAUUUUGAUUGACUGGUAGGUUUAUUAUACAUAAAUGUAUCUGUACAAAAUAUUUUAUAAAACAAGUUUUCAUUUUGUAAUAGUUUAAUUAUUUAUACCAUUAUUAAAUCCAAUUUGAAUUUAUUUUCGUACCACCUUAUUGACUGAGUUAUAUUUGUUUUUCAUAUUAUAUUUCAUUACUGUUACUUUUAAUAUUAUGUCAAUGUUUGUAUAUAAGGAAGGACAUAAAUUAAAAUAAAAUCAUACCUAGAAAUCAGUAAGCAUGCCAAAAUUCUUUGUUAGACAACUUAAACCUUGUAAUCUCUAAAACUACCACUUAUUACUGGUUUUUUUAUGUUAGAAACGGUUUCUAUAGUAAUGCAUUUUAUUUUUAUUGUACUUAAAUAGAAAAUGUCACAUUCCACAAUAUUAUUAUUUUUUAAUAAUUUCUAUGUGUGCUUAGCUAGUCGAAAUUCCUCUAUGAACGGUUGUACCUUUUUCUUUUUUUGAUAUACUUACUAUUACAAGGGUAAUUUUUGUAUAUUUUAAUUGAUUAUUUUUGUUUAUAAAAAAAUAUGAAAUAAUAUUAUACUAAUCAUUUUUGUAUACUUUUAUUUUAUUUUAAUUUUAGUUCAAUAAUUAUUUUUAAAAAUAUGUAAUUGUUCUAAAAUGUUGGAUAAUUUUAUGGCCAAUAUAUUAUAUUUUAUAUUA